GUGAGUGACAGUGAGAAAUACGCCGACCUCUUGGUGUUCGGCUACGCCUGCAAAGUGUUCCGGGACGACGAGCGGGCUCUGUACCACGAGCAUGGAAAGCAGCUCAUCCCGUGGAUGGGGGACAAGAGCAUCACGAUUGAUAGGUCGGUUGAACAAACGUAGACCGAAAACAUUCAUGCUAACCAUCUCUCCUCCUGUCCCGUUAGCAUGUCUCACAAUGCAAAACAAGGGGACCACAUGGGAGUUUUUCUUGUCUUGCAGAAGCUUGGGAUGAAAGAGAAACAAACACACACACAAAUACAAAACUGUCAACCUGUCGACGAAUGUUGUAUUUCCCUUGUUCUGCUGACUUGUCUCCUUUGGACGUCUUGGAAUCACAACACGUGGGAGUUUUGAAGUUUUCUGGCACAACAUGCGAUGAUGCAAAGCCUUAGCAUCAGCCGUGAUGCUGAGCUGUCACUGGGACCAUUAAGGGCCAGUUUAUUAGGGACACUAGCUUUAAACUAACCAAUCCUGAUUCUAAGGUUGGAUUAGUUUGAGUUAGCUGCCUCUCAAACUGGCCACUGUGGUUUUUAAAUUGAUAUUAAAAUGUCACAAUCCUUAAAUCAGUCCUUGGCAGCUUUGAGGUGGGCUUUGCAUCUUGGCAUGUUGGAGAAUUUCCUCUGGAGACACAAUUUACACUAAAAAUCUAGACAAUAAAGAAUUUGUUGCAACAAAGAUGACCAAUAUUCCAAGUUGAGCCUAAAAUAGGAACCCGUGUUCAAAUCAGACCAGCUGGGAUUUCAUCGAGCUGCACUGAAGUCCACGAGGCCAGAGCAAAUUCUAACCAAGACUAAAGUCACUGCUGGUUAAGGUGAUUCAAAAUAUCACGGUGCUAACAUAAACUUAUUAACUUAAGGUGUAAAUGUGCUUUUACCCUUUCUGCAAAGAAUGCAGAAGUUAACUGGGUAAUUCUUGUCAAUCAUCAGACUUUGGGAACCCCACUCUCACAGAUAUUAACAAAGAUGGACAUUCUGAUUUGGAAAUAUGAGAAACAUUUGGAACCAAAACUUUGUGUCAGAACUUUUGCAAUAGUUGGGACAGCAUACUGCUCAGACUGAUGGAGCUGGGAUAAAGCUUGACCUUCUCUAAGGGAGAUUUGAUCAGUUAAAGUUACAGUCCCCCUCCACAAAUAAUUAAAAUGUGUAUCUUCCAUCUCCCGUAAAUGCAAUCUGACACAUAUGAUAUUUAGUUUCCAUAGCUCUCUCAUAGGACCAAACCAGAAUGCCAGAGUGCGCCCCAAAAGUGUAAUGAUUCAACCAGGAGGGGGGGUAAUGUAACACCCCUGCAGAAUAUUUAACACAUUCUUCAAACCUCAGAUUGAUGCCUAUCUCCUUUUUGAAUCACCUUCACCCGCAGUGGCCCCAACUUGUGUUUUAUUUGUACAGCUUGUGUAUGUGUGUCUUUAUCACAUAACCCAGUUCUUUCCCCAGCAAGGUAGGCUAAGGGGUCCUGCCAAACCCCGAAUGCCAACCACAGCACCCCAUUUCUUUGUCUUCCUGAAGAAACGGCAUCUGGGAAGUGGCGUAGAGGGACGAACCCUGGAAAAUGUCGUCCAUUUGGGUUCUUACGGAUAGAUACGAUGGGCGUGGUCACUUACAUGAUCUUUCAGAGUACGACAGCGGCUCAUGGAAUACGUCCUACCAGCUGUCGGAGGAGGAGGCCAGGAUCGAGGCGCACUGCGAUGAGGAGCGGUACCUGGCUCUGCGCACGGACCUGAUGGAAGAAGAGGCCAGACAAGAGGAGGAGUACAAACGUCUGAGUGAGGCUCUGGCUGAUGAAGGCACCUACACUGCAGUGGCUUUCAAAUACAGCGCUGACUACUACGAUCCCUCUCAGCCCACGGUGGAGGAGGAAGCUAACAAGGAUGCUGAAGAGCCGGAAGAGAGUGAGGAACCGUUUGUGGCUCCCCCGGGGCUGGUUAUCCCUCCUGAUAUGGAGCUGCCGGCAACCAUAAAGACCCAUAACAUCGUGGAGCGGACCGCCAACUACGUGUCCAAGCAGGGUGCUCAGUUUGAGAUAGUGCUGAAAGCGAAGCAGUCCCGCAACUCCCAGUUUGACUUCCUCCGGUUCGACCAUUACCUGAACCCUUACUACAAACACAUCUUGCGGGCCAUGAAGGAAGGGCGAUACGUCAUGUUAUCCGCCAACAAGCAAGAGCAGCAGCAGGACUCAAACUCUGACGAUUCAGAUGAUGAUGGGGAUGGCAAUUACCUUCAUCCUAGCCUGUUUGCCCCUAAGAAAUGCUCUCGUCUGGAGGAGCUGGUGAAGCCUCUUAAAGUCCUGGACCCGGACCAUCCUCUGGCCGAACUUAUACGAAAAGCCAAGCAAGAAAGAAACGGCACUGCAGCAGCAGCAGCGGUGGCAGCCACACCAGUGCCGCCACCAGAGGAAGUAGCAGAAACGCCUGCUCCCACCACACAAACGCACUACACAGCUGACCCGAUGUACUACGGGUACUACAUGCUGCCUGAUGGAACAUUCUGCCUGGCCCCGCCCCCCCCGGGGAUUGAUGCCACCGCCUACUAUAACAGUAUGCCGACAGCUGGAGGGACUGCUCCCCCCGCUGCUUCUGGGGCUCAGUUGGCAACAACACACAGCCCUCCUGAAACUGCCCCCGUGGCACCCCCAGCUACAGCCUCCCCUCUGGUCACCAGCUCUGCUGCUCCAACAAGUGCACCAGAAACCAGUUCUAAAGAAGAAGCUCCAGUGUCAGCACCAGCACCACAAGCCAUCAUCCCCCCACCACCUGACACCCAGCCAGUCAUAGACAAGCUGGCUGAGUAUGUUGCUAGAAACGGAGUAAAGUUUGAGGCAGGUGUCCGAGCCAAGAAUGACCCACGGUUUGACUUUCUGCAGUCUUGGAAUCAGUACAACAGCUAUUAUGAGUUUAAGAAGAAUUACUUCAUGCAGCGGGAAGGAAGAAGCACAGCAGAGACUGUGACAGUAGAUGAUGAAGAUGAUGAUAAGCUUCAGGCAGACAAGUCACUCAAGGACUCGAUGCUGAAUAAAGCCUCCUUUGCCCCCAUCUGUUUCGCUAUCAAGGCGAAGGAAAAUGAUUUGCUGCCGCUGGAGAAGAACAGAGUUCGACUGGACGACGACUCGGACGACGACAAGUUGAUGGACGAUGCAGGACUGGAGGCCAUGAUAGGUGGAGCGGAGAUGAUCCUCAAAGAGCUUCCUCCAAUCAGUGCGCCAGAGGAGAAGAAGCCCUCGCUCAGUUUAGAAGAGUUGGAGGCAAAACAAGCCAAGCAGAAACUGGAGGAUCGUCUAGCAGCUGCAGCCAGAGAGAAGCUGGCCCAGGCGUCGAAGGAGUCCAAAGAGAAACAGCUACAGGCGGAGAGGAAGAGGAAGGCUGCGCUCUUCCUACAGACCCUCCGCCCUUAUUCUGGAGAGCCCGAGGCCAAGAGAGCCGAGCUCGACUCAUCAACACAGCUUGAGAUGCAAGAAGCCCUUUCUGUUCUGUCUGACCUUGCGCUGCCUCAGCCUUCCUCCACACCACCUUCGUAUCUUCAGGAUCAAAAGCCUCCCAAGGAGAGCCAUGGAUCCCAUCGCAGCAGGGAGGCGCCGACCUCCUCAUCCUCCCACAGAGGAUCCGACCGAGACAGGGAUAGGGACAGGGAUAGGGACAGAGACAGGGACAGAGACAGGGACAGUCACCGAGAUAGGGACCGGGACAGAGAGAGGGAAAGGGAUCGGGACAGAGAGCGGGAAAGGGAUCGAGAUAGGAAUAGAGAUAGAGACAAGAACAAAGGCAGGGACAAAGAGAAAAAGAAGAAAAAACACAAGCGGAGGUCAAGGUCAAGAUCAAGAUCAAAGAACCGACACGGCCUCCCCACCGCCUACAAGAAAGGCCGCCGGUCCCGGUCCCGUUCCCACUCCCCGGGGAGAAGAGAAAAGAAGGGCAGCUCAUCAGAGAGGAGACGUGAGGAGAAGGAGCGGGAGCGCCAUCAUCCCAGCAGCAGCAGCUCCGGCGUACCCAGGGGGCAUUCGAAAUCCAGGUCACCUUCUGAAAAGAAGAAGCGCCUCUUGUCGUCCUCGGGUCAGAUGCAAACUUUGGGUUCCUCUCUCUCUCCGUAUUGCUCACCUGGCAGAGUUUUAUCCCCAUCAGCUAGCCCCGCCUCCAGCCUGACCCACUCAAGGGAUGGUUCUCAGGAGAAAGACAAGGCGGUGUCCUCAUCCAUAGUAUCCUCUGUUCAGUCCAAAAUAACUCAGGAUCUCAUGGCCAAAGUGAGAGCCAUGCUGGCCACCUCCAAGACCUUCCAAGCCCCCAAUUCCUAAAGAGGACACGGCUUCCUAUUCGACAAGGCCACCCUCGGCCAAUCAGCGAGCGGCGUUCUCCGGCUUCUUGGGAGAUUAACGUGAUCUGGAUCCGUCCCCACUGUGUUCCUGGAUUCAUAAUUUAAUCUUGAUUUGAGCACCGACAGAUUCGGGCUGGGCUGUGUCUUCUUCUGCGGCGUCGCUCGAGCGAAGGAGCUCGUCCAGGUGAAACAUCUGGUUCAUCUGCCGGGAGAUCACGUCAACAGAACUUUGAGGGGAGGCUUCAAUAUUACUAAUGUUAUUUUGCAUCCCGUUUGAAGACGCUUCUCCUUCCUCCCACGUGCUGACAGACAUUCUUUGCAGCAUUAGCUAAAGCUGCUGGAGGUCUGUACUCUCUCCUUCUAUGAAGGGCUGCGUUGUUUUGAUCACUUCAUUUCCAUCCGCCCUCAUCUGCUAUUCUCCUCGCUGCCGUCUUCCCUCUUAUUCUCCUCCCCCAGCUGUCAUCUCUCUCCAGCACCUCACCCGUCUAACUCCGAGAAGCUGUUUUAAAUUUUUAUUCUGCCCCUCAAACUGUCUAGUACGUGGCCUUCUAUUUUUGUUCCUGGUUUGUACCGUAAUGAAUUUAUUGCAGAGCUACUUUCUAAUGCAAACGGUAAAUAAAGUUUCAAACGUGAUUUACCCCGUG